GCUUAGGGCUGGGCCUCUCACUGCCAGGAGCCGGACAUGGACCCCCGCGAUCUCAGUCAGCAGGCCCUUCCUCUUGGUCCCAGCAGUGACCCCGGUCUCAGGGGGCCGUCCCAGGGAGCCCGCCCACCCGGGAGGAGUGGAAGGAAGAACUGGUCCUGCUCACUCGUCGUGGCAUCCCUGGUGGGCGCCUUUGGCUCGUCCUUCCUCUACGGCUACAACCUGUCGGUAGUGAAUGCGCCCACGUCGUACAUCAAGGCCUUUUACAACGAAUCGUGGGAACGAAGACAUGGGCACCCCAUAGACCCAGACACCCUGACCCUGCUCUGGUCUGUGACCGUGUCCAUAUUCGCCAUAGGAGGACUCGUGGGGACACUGCUGGUGAAGCCGAUUGGAAAGGUUCUCGGGAGGAAGCACAUCCUGCUGGCCAAUAAUGGGUUCGCCCUGGCUGCCGCCUUGCUCAUGGCCUGCGCACUGUGGGCCGGCGCCUUCGAGAUGCUCAUUGUGGGGCGCUUCGUCAUGGGCAUGGACGGAGGCAUCUCCCUCACUGCGCUCCCCAUGUACCUGAGUGAGAUCUCACCCAAGGAGAUCCGCGGUUCACUGGGCCAGGUGACAGCCAUCUUCAUCUGCAUUGGUGUGUUCACUGGGCAGCUUCUGGGCUUGCCAGAGCUUCUGGGCAAGGAGAGUACGUGGCCCUUCCUGUUUGGGGUCAUCAUGGUGCCCGCACUGGUUCAGCUGGUCGUGCUGCCCUUCCUGCCUGAGAGCCCCCGCUUCCUGCUCUUUGAGAGGCACGACCAGGCCGCAGCCGAGAAAGCCUUCCAGACGUUCCUGGGCAGGGAGGACGUGUCCCUCGAGGUGGAGGAGGUGCUGGCCGAGAGCCGCGUGCAGAGGAACCUCCGCCUGGUGUCGGUGCUGGAGCUUCUCCGGAGUCCCGGCGAGCGCUGGCAGGUGCUCACCGUGGUGGUAACCAUGGCCUGCUACCAGCUCUGCGGCCUGAACGCGAUCUGGUUCUACACCAACAGCAUCUUUGGAAAAGCGGGGAUCCCCCCGGAGAAGAUCCCCUACAUCACCCUGAGCACAGGGGGCAUCGAGACACUGGCUGCCAUCUUCUCCGGCCUGGUCAUCGAGCGCCUGGGACGUAGACCCCUCCUCAUCGGUGGCUUUGGGCUGAUGACGCUCUUCUUUGGGACCCUCACGGUCACGCUGACACUGCAGGACCGAGCCCCCUGGGUCCCCUACCUGAGCAUCGUCUGCAUCCUGGCCAUCAUCGCCUCUUUUUGCAGUGGCCCAGGUGGCAUCCCGUUCAUCCUCACCGGAGAGUUCUUCCAGCAAUCCCAGCGGCCGGCCGCCUUCCUGGUGGCAGGCACUGUCAACUGGCUCUCCAACUGCGCCGUGGGGCUGCUCUUCCCCUUCAUCCAGCAAAGUCUGGGCACCUACUGCUUUCUGGUCUUCGCCACCAUCUGCCUUGCAGGCGCCAUCUAUUUCUUUUUCGUCCUGCCCGAAACCAAGAACAGAACCCAGACUGAAAUCAGCCAGGCAUUUGCCAGAAGGUGCAAGGUGCAGCCCCCCAAGGAGAACACAGACGCUGGGGUCACCAACAACAAGACAGCCGGGAGGUCAGAGCCAGGCCCCUCCCUGGCUCUGGAGAACUAUGCCAAGAACAGGGUUGUCUAAACGGUGUGCCGCCAGGACCCCAAGAUUUCCUGGCAUGGGGGCGUACACUGAAGCCGGGCACUCGAGUCUCAUUGCGUGUUUAAAACAAGCCUUUGCUCAUCUGUCUGACCCCACAACCUUUCGGUCUUGAGGAGAGAAGCCCCGGCCCCCACCCUGCAAGUCUUCUGGAAGUGGCCGGGAAGCCCCUGUCUAGGAAAACCCAGCUGUCUUGGCACGGGUGGAUGGAUGCCAGCCUCCGCGAGCAAAUCCCUAGCCCCUGACAAAUUUCUCAGAGGGGAAUGGAGGCCGGAACUUGCAGGCUGAGUUCCAGUCCCGCUCCAGUCCACGCAGUCUUCAGCUGGCCCAGGGCCGCAGAGGACCUUCAUUCUGGAUGCUGGUGUUUAGAUUCGGCAUCCAGGCCUCUGCACCUCCAAAUAA